AAUCUAAUUCAUACUCCACUCAAAAAGUGAAACGUGCAUGAAAAAGUUUUCACUUGAAAAAAACAACUAAAAUAGCUUACGAAUAAGUUCAUGUCGCCGGAACAUUGAAAAUCUUGAGGGAGUGAAGAAUAGUACAUGAUAACAGAGUUCAAUGCAUGGAGGAAGAUAGAACGCAAUAGAUGGAUUGUGCCCUUUAUAAAAAAUGGAGGAGGGCGGGACGUGUCUUCUCCCAGUACCAUUGCCUAUGAUUCAGUUCGAGGAGUUCUCAGUGCUCGACCACAUCGGAAGAGUCGAGGUCAGGUUGUUGAAAAUAAUAGGAGUUUGUGUCCCUGCUGUGUCAGAAGUGAUUUGUCCGAACUGAAUCAUCAAAACGAGAUGUGUUGUAGCCGAUGCCAUCAUCUGAAAGAAACAGAGAGCAGUGUUCAGCAGAGGAACCAAAUAUACAGGGGAGAGAGGAAAUGAUGCCAUUGUCUAAGGCCGGCACUGAUAGUUAUGCGCUGGAUGCAGUGUCUAAGUCUGCUGGGCACAUUGUCAUGAAUCCUAUCUCUGUGGAACAAAGGGCCAAUCUGCUGAGGGAAACCGGACUAUAUGAACUCUCUGAGAACGAUUUCCGUCAGAUGAAUGUUCCACUUAAUCCGGAAAGGUUUCCUCAACAAAAGAGAGGUGACGAAGAAAUGAAGUCCUGCCCAUCCUAUCUUACUCCUUCAAAUCAUGGACCCAUACAAGAUUCAGAUCCAGACAAUGGAGAUGAGAUACCUUAUAAAAUAAGAAGGAAAGACCAGGAGAGAUAG